GCGAAUUAUAUUUGCGUAUACCUCCUGACAGGCUGUGGAGUACGUCCCUCUGGGACCCGUAUCCGUGGGGGCGAAGAAGCCACACCGCAUUCAUGGCCCUGGCAGGCCUCUCUUCGUUACGAUGGGGAACAUAUUUGCGGUGCAUCUCUUGUUACUCCGGAGUGGCUCGUCACUGCAGCUCAUUGUGUGUCCGCUGAUCUCAAUGCUGGAAAGUACCAAAUUGUUUUGGGUAAGCCUUAAUUUAGACAGUCUUUCCGUUUUUGGGAGGUUCCAGGGCUUGUUUGUCGAAAGUACCGAUAGUCCUGGCCUAAAGCUAAAUAUUAAAACUGAAAAAUAAAUUAAGCUAAAUGAACGCGCGGGAUCUAACUGACUAAAUCAGUUCAGUAUGAUUUGUUGACCAUGUGAAAAUAUGGCCGAACCCAGCAUGGUGACUAGGUGUUGUCGACUCUCGUCACCGUUUCUUGUAUAUUGUUCAGGGAAAUUCAAGACAGCCUUGGAUUCUGGAUUCCGCGCCAUGGAUCCUGGAUUCCAGCUACUGGAUUUCGGACUCUUUGUCAGUAAAACUUGGAUUCCAGAUUCCUUGAGAUGUAAUUCCGGAUUCCAAAGCCCAGGAUCCCGGAUUCCACAAGCAAAUUUUCUCCGAUUCCACAUUUCACAAACAAAAAAAAUCCCCGGCUCUAGAAUCUUGAUUCUAUAACAUAAGGCUGCUCUUGCCACCUAAUGCGCGAAGAGAAACGUCUGUUAAACAGCUAGGGAUGGGCGGAUUCGUUUAGAAGAAAUACCGUAAAAUUCCGAAAAUAAGCCCCUCCAAGUAUAAGCCCCUCCAAAUAUAAACCCCCCAAAACUCGUAACGCAAAAAAACCUCCGUUAAAUCGCCCCUCCAAUUAUAAGCCCCCCGGGGGCUUGUACUUGGAAAUUGCCCUCAAGCGUAAAUUUCCUUCCAACUAUAAGGCUAGCCCCAUCGAUUUUGAAACGCAAAUUUCCCUCCAUCGAUAAACCCCACCGAAUAUAAGCCCCUCCAAAAAUAAGCCCCUCAAAAAGGGCUUUGAAAAAUAUAAGCCCCGGGGCUUAUUUUCGGAAUUUUACAGUAUUUCUUGUUCCAUAACGAAUAAAAUUAUUUUUUUUUUACUAGAGUGAGAAGUCAUUUUUUUACUAAAGUGUAUCUUUUUCGUAAUGACAUAUUUUUAGGAGCUCACGAUAAGAAAAACGAUGGGGAAGUUUACGAUGUUUCUAAAGUGGAAAUGCAUGAAGAUUAUAACUCUUGGACCGGGAUGAAGCAUGACGUAGCAGUCGUGAAGCUCUCGCGGCCGGCAAAACUUGGUAAAAAGAUCAGCACUAUUUGCCUUCCUUCUCAAGGGUCACGUGUCAAGAUUGGAGCAGAGUGUUAUGUAACGGGUAAGUACUGGAUGACGUAUGGGAGACUUGUUAUUAGGAAGCUUAAGCAACGACGACGCGGACGGCAACGAGAACGGCAAAAAAGCAAAAGGUUUGAUUAGCAAAACAACAACUUUGCACGUGCAUCACGCUUUUUUUGUACAUUUCUUUGCCGUCGUUGCCCGACUACAACGUGAAAAUGCCUGAAUUCACGUUUUGUCGAGGACGGGAACGCAAGACAACAACUUUCUUUUCUUUUCCUGAACUUUGAUACAGUCCUUUAGAAUUCAACUCCAAAAACAUUUGCCAACAUUUGACGAAGUAAACGAGAUGGAAUAAGCGCGAUAAAGUUUGAAGCGGUGCGAAUUCACUUUUUAAGUGACGUUUUUGUAAGCCGUCGCCGUCGUUGUUGCUUAAGCUCCCUAGUGACGUCUGAUUGUUUGCCUUCCGCCAGAUCACUAUAGCCUACAGAGCAGGCCGUUUUUGGCGGCGUGUUUUUCCUUUGUGGUUUGUACCGUAAGAGGCAAGGCCGAGCAAAAGCCAAACACAGGUCAAACGAGAAAACAGUGGGGGAGGGGGCAAGUGGUAAAAGUCAGUGAGCCUUUCAGUUCAGUUCUCUACCCUCCUCUCCCUUCAUUUUCUCGUUUGACCUCUUACUUUGAGAAACCACGAAUCGUGCGUAUCAGAAUUGACGUCAAGGGUUAAAAGAGCUCGUUAAACUUAUUAGUCUGUAACAUUAGCAGAGUAAAUAUCAGCCAAUGAAAACAAAACAAAAAAAUUGAGCGACAACAGUUGUGAAUAAGCCACUAUGUAAACUUUUUGCAAAGCAUCGAGUUUUUUUACUCUCAUCGCACAAAAGGAUAUCUGUAAUAUAAAACUGAGAUUCUCACCGAAAUGUUAUCAUCCUUUUUUCUUUAUUUACUCAGAAGUAACAUCACUGAGCUCGAUGAGAAAAUGAGGCGCAUAUACUUGCGAGAAAACAAAGUUUUAAUUUGCCAACAAGGAUAUCGAAGGCGUGGAGAACGUCUUAACUAUAAUGUCACCGAGAGGCAAAACAAUGCCUUGGACGUUCGCACGUGCUUUUUGAAUUUAGUACAUUUCUUGACUGAUCUUUGCAAAACAACCUUCCAAAAUACAAAUUAAAGGUUUUUAUUGUAGAGAACGCAAAGACAUGAAUCACGAUUAAUUUACUUUUACUGACGUGUACAGCAUCCGUGCAAAUAUAUGGAGCGAAAAAAACGUUUUUACGUAGAAAAGAAAUUUAACUCCCACAGGAUUGGUUUGGGACAGCAAUAUGGUCGCCGUAUAAUUGUAUUUGGAACACAAAUAUGGCCGCCGUUAGCGUCAUGUGAAAAGGCUCUCUGUAACUUCAUAAAACGAUAUUUUCCUUGGCUUUGAAUUCGCAUUUAUUAUAAAAUUAUGUACAAACAUUAACCACUUUCCUGACGUUUCCUGGCGUUUGCUUAUACGGCUUCUUGCAUCCUAGAUAUUUCUGGACUAGUCGUUUUUAUUAUUACAUCUGUAUAAUUUAAGACGUUCGUCUUAUGACGUAUGCUGAUCGUACUACGUCGUGUUGAUGUCUUGCAGAGUUAAUUUUCACGUAGUACGAUCAGCAUUGCAGUAUUCUGCUUGCAGAAUUUAACAUGUCUAUAAAAUUAUAUUUUCAUUUUUUAAAGUCAUAAUUGUAAACAACAAACCUUAUACCAUUUCCGUUCGCUUACAAGGUUGGGGUAGAACCAGACCAAUCAUAGCUUCCAUAACUGCCGCGCGUUUGAAGCAAACCAAGGCUCCUCCGGCCACAUUCAACGACUGCAAGAGACAGCUUGGCCAGCGAGUGGAUGAUGACGCUAUGGUUUGUGUAGGAGGCAAGGGAAGUAGCCCGUGCCAUGGGGACAGCGGCGGCCCCCUAUCUUGCCUAGAAAAUGGGCGUUGGAUCCUUCGCGGCUCGGCCUCGUGGGUCAGCAGUUUUCUUUGCCGCAAGAGAAAGUACUCUGUGUAUGCCCGUGUGAGCUCUUAUAUAGACUGGAUCAAUGAGCGGAUUCAAGGCUGA